GCAAAAGAAAGGCGCAGCUCGCAAAAAACGCUAUUUAAAAUAUAUUUCUGGGCCUCGGCUUGUCUAAAAAUCGUUUUGAUAUUAAUGUUUUCGAUUGAAGUAUUCUGCCAUAAUAAUUUCCAUUGAUAUUAACAAGUUCAGCUGUGCGCAUAUAGGCUUUUACCGAAAUUUAUCCGAGUUUAACGAAAUACAUAAAUUCGCCGAACGCAUAAUCAAAAAUCAACAAAACAAAUCGUAAUAUCUGUAACCAUGACCAAUCUUGAGAAGCAACAUGAGAUGGUGAAGCGCAGCUUGGUGCAAUUUGUCAGCGCUCAUAUUCCAGGCGCUGACUUUAGUGUUGUUGAUGAGAUUGUGCUAUCCUAUAUCAUAUCUAUACUUGAAGAAGCCUCGCAGGAUCCGUGCUUCGAUGUCGAGGGCUUUGUUGAAAUGAUGGGCGCAUAUUUCGAGGAAUUUUCCACUAUUGAUCAGGGCGUUAUUUGCGAAUGGAUAUACAAACUAGCCAACGAACUUACCGAAGUGGAAAAAAACCAGGGCAACCACAACACUGUUAAUUUGUCGCUUAAUUCGCUAAGCCUGUCAAGUAUUAUACCAGAAUCGAAGCUGCGCGCACGCAACUCGUCUAUUUCCGAGAAGGAUGAGCUCUCCUCGAACAACAGCAGCAGCAGUGGUGGGGGUGGUGGCAAGCGCUCGCAACAUUUGUCGGAGACCAGUGAUGGUGGCUCCACCGAUAGCUCCAGCUCCACUUGUGAUUAUUUUUUGUGUGAGGCUGAGGUGUUGCAGGAAAUGUUUCCCGAUACUGCUUAUGUUGAGAUAAAGCAUUGCAUUGCCAUAUCAAAGGGUGACAUUGAUGGUGCAACCCAGAUACUAUUGCAUCGUCAAGAGACAAACCAGAGCUUAACUGAUAAGUCACAGAAUUUGAUUUUUAAAAAGAAUGUGGUUGUUGAUGAUAAUGAGCUUAAGAAUCGCAUUAUUGCCAGAUACUCCUAUGUGGAUAAGAAUGCAACUCAGCGCGAAUACAAGCCGGUUGUACCGAAAAUGGAACCGCGCAAGCUUGUGCGCUAUAGAGACAACAAGAUUGUUUCGCUUAAGGGCGAGCGUUAUACUGAAGUCAAGCGUGACGAAGAUGCUGAGUUAAAAAAACCCAAGAAGCAGAUUCUACCGUAACUAAAGAUGAACAAAGCCCACAAAUAUUUUAUCAAGAAACAAUUUAAUUCACAACCACCUAAUACUUCCGCACCAACGACGCCGAGAAUUGGACUAGAAAACAGCAACAAGAAGAACAGCCGCUAUCCGCACGUCGACAAUAUUUUAGAGCACAAUUUAUGCACACAGAUGAUGCAUAAUAGUGUCACCCACACACAGUCACACAGCUCUCCCCGCUUAGUUCAAGCCAACUAUACGAUUUUAUCCACAGUAGUAGAGCAGCUCAGCCAACGUAUGGAUGCCUCCCCCUUGCCACUAUACCAAACAGCAGCCGAAAGAGAGAAUCCAAAGCAUGUGUUGAGCAAGAAAGCAGCCGCAACAAACAUUCGAACUAUUUUCAAUGAAUCCCCAUGUAAGUUGACCGGUACUCUAAUGUUUCUGUUGUUAGUCAAUUUUGUGAGUUACUGUGUGCCACGGAAUUUUUAUCAUAAUCAAACUGCGGACAUUAACACAAAGACUUUACGUACCAAAUUAGUUAAUAGUUAUGGUUUAGGUAACACCUUCGAAUAUUUCUAUUUUGUUUGCCCACCAGACCAGGGCGUUUUUCUCAAAAGCUACUUAUGAGUCUCGUUGCGGUGACAAGGAUGCUGCCCAAGUAUGGCUUGGGCUGCGGCCUGUCGCUUAUGACGACUUUAUUGUCGUCGCGCCUGUUUUUGUGGUUUGUACAAGUAUUUCUUAGUUCCUUUAACACAUUUGAUAUUGAAAUCAACCUGAUAAACUGAACUGUGAAAAUUGCGCAAUAAACUGCCAGUGACUUGCCCAGGCGCGACUUCCCAGACGAAUUUGGCGCUCAAAUAGACUUAUUUAGAUUAUGUUAGGUAAUCAAAUUAAAAUUGUUUGCAACCAGUGGGCGUUUAAAAAACGCAACUGUUGGACAAACUUGCCAUAAGGAUUAUGUUUACCAAAAAAACAAAGAAAAAACCUAAAGUUUGUGUUUUAAGUAAUUUUUUAGUUUUGGUCUAAGCAAACUAGCAUCAGUAACCACAAAUGCCACGCAACAGAAACUAGUCCUCCUUCAGUGUACCCUAUACCAAAGCGGCUGCUGCUCGGAAGGACACAGCAAUAUUCUAAACAUAUUCAA